AUGCCAUUUGCAUAAAUAUGAAAUUCUGUACAUCAUUUCCUGUGAACUUUAAUGGCGACUCUAUUUUAGCACUUAUGUGAGACCCUUACGUGAGAAGAUGAACACAUACAAAAUUUUGAGUCUUUUCGUCGCUGUGAUUUCACUAGCUAUUGUUCAAGGACAGCAUUUUCAGCGGUUCUGUGUUUACAAUGGUUUUGCGAUAGCACGUGAUGGAGUUCAUGGUCUCGAACCGGAAGAGAUCGAUCCCUUCAUGUGUACCCACAUCAUCUUCUCCUUCGCUGAAAUCGACGAGACAGGAAUUAGGCUCAAAGACCCGGAUCAUUUCCAAGAAAAUUACCUAUACCAAAGAAUAAUUCGUCUGAGAAAAUUAAAUCAUCGCCUUAACAUGAUCUUGUCCGUUGGGGGUUGGGACAAAGGUGGCGAAGGUUUUUCCAAGCUGGUUUCUUCCAGAGAAAACAUGCUGAAGUUUACCAAGUGGGUUAUUAUAUAUCUAAGACGGUUUGACUUUGAUGGUCUAGAUUUCGACUGGCAGUUCCCAGCACUGAGGGACAGUGAUAUGCAGGACAAAAAAAGAUUCGCUGACCUCUGUGAUGUAAUUGCUCUUGAAUUUGAUAUCGAGGAAAUCCCAGAUAUUAAGUGGAAACUGACCUUUACCCUAACAUUUCACCCUCUGUUACCCGUGAUGCAUUUCGGUUAUGAUAUACCACGUUUGUCAAGUAAAGCCCACUACAUCAACCUAAAAAUGUAUGAUCUCUACGGGCACUGGGAUGACCCGAUGUUGGCAAGACAUCAUAGCGCACUGGUAGGACCUAAAGGUUUCAACAAUGUGGCAGAUUUAGUGGAGUUGUGGGAACAGAAAGGGGUUCCAGCCCACAAGAUGAUUGUCGGAAUUCCAUUCUUUGGGAGAUCUUAUCGCUUGGCAGACAAGGCUAUGUCUAUGCCAGGAGCUCCUGCUAUUGGGCCGGGAUCGGACAAUGGCGAUGGAAUACCAAUUAAACAUCUUUGUCAUCUUAUCAGAAGCGGAUUGAAUGAAAGUUUCAUCCCCUCUCAACAAGUUCCUUACCUCGUUCAAGGCGAUGAAUGGAUAGGCUACGAUAAUCAAAGAAGCGUUAUGAAUAAGGCGGCCUUUGUCUUUGACAAAUCUUUGGCUGGCGUGUUACUCUACUCCCUGGAUAUGGAUGACCAUGCAGGGGCUUGUGGUGCGGGCAAGUUUCCACUGACUAUGUCUGUCAUCAACGGGCUUCAGGCAUACAUGCUGUAUACUCAGCGUAAAAACAUGGCCAUUGGAGAGAUCUACCGAACUAAAAUCAACAGCGCUCGUGUUUCUAGACGAGCCUACUUAAUGGCAGGAAAAAAGAACAUGGUGGAGAAAAUGGAUGCCAAAAUUAUCAGUCUCCAAAAAGAGCAAGAAGUUGCCAUGGGCAAGAUGACAGCUCAAGUGGCGAGCGUUCAGGCAAUGAUGAAUAAACCAUUUGAACUUCCUCCGGUUAAUCAGAGAUCAUUUACAUGGUAAAUGACAGAAACUAGAAAUAAUUUAUUCUCCACUUAAUGUAAAAUAUGUAUUUUAUUGUGAAUUUUAAUGAUAAUUGUUUGAUCGAUAGAGUAUUGUUAUGUUUUCUUUGGUGACAAUACGAUACCUGUUGUAGGACAGGUCAAAUUGCUGACAAUCAGCUACUAGUUUCUGUUUCAAACACCUUAUUUCAAUAAUAUUCGGCAUAAGUCAGUAAUACUUGGAUAUGAAAUACACCUGUAUAUGUUUCUGUCACUUGAUAUAGUCAAUAUUUCUUUUGUGAUUUACUAUUGGUGUUACUAUUAUUAAUACUGUUUUGAAAAAAGGAAAAAAAUUACAGAUUAAAGAAUCUCUACAGAA